UCAUGUUUCAAGCUAUCAUAAAAAGUUGAGAGUGGGUUUAUGUUUGAUGUUUAUAUCAGUAGUGAAGAAUAAAAACACCCACGAUUCUAUUUAAUUUUCCCAUUGGUUAAUCAUCGACACAAAUAUUUUUGACCUUGUAACGACAACUAACUUGUAAAAUAUUAAAAUUGCAUAACUUGUAUAACUGAUAAAAUCAUAGGUACCUGAGAAAGGAAAUCAAUUUUAAUACAAUUCCUCAUUACUAUGAAGUUUAAUUUACAAAUUCCAUUUGUGAUGUUGAUUUUAAUCAAUAUAGAAUACGGUAGGUGUGGACUAGUUGAUAUUUCUUUUCAUCAAACAAAUCUCAACAUUUUACUUCAAUUUGUUUAUUUUGACUGGACUUAUACAUUGUCAUGUGUUAUAUGUAAUUCAUACAGUCAUCUAUUAAAAUUAAUCAUGUCUACAUACAGUAGUGAUCUAUGUUUUACCCGGUUUUAGUUUGGUUUGUCUAAUAACAAAAACAUUUCUGAAAAUUCGAUAAAUUCGUCAUUUAGAACUAAAUAAAUACUAUGAUGAUAUUUUCUAGUUGAUUUGUAAUAUUUUGAUCAUUUUUGGACAUGAAACUUUAAUGUGGAUAAAAUGUCUUAGUAAAAAUACACGCAAAAGUUAGUCACUCAACUAGAAAAUUACCUAGUCAAUUCACUUGGUGUUGUUUUACUUGUAUCUUCCCAUUGUUAUUUAGGACUGUUGGCAUAUAUACAUCCUGUACGGAUUGUCUUGAUAUAGCCUUAAGUCAUAUACGUUUUUAAGCAAAGAUGGAUAGCGGCUAGUAGUGGAAUCUAGGAUACGCGUUGAAUAUAUGGUAUUCUUCGACAAUAAAGAACUGCUCUUAUCACCACAAAAGAAACUUCUGAGUAUUUUGUAAACCUGUAAACCCAGUAUGGGGAAAGGUGAAAACUGGUCCAAUCAAUACUUUUUUACUGUAGCUUUCUACUAUGACACUAAAAUAACACUGAUUGUAAAUAUACCUGGAAUAAUAAAGAGCUCAUCUACCGGUGAUUUGCAUCUGUCAAAACAUCCUUAAUUAAACACAAUACCAUCUACACUUAAAUCAUGAUAAUAUUCGCCUUGAAAUUCAGUAUCCCUAUAAUAACCAAAGUCUCUCAUAAAUUAUAGUUUGUUUCUCAUUGAUGAAUACAUUUUUAUUUUGAAGAACCUAAGGUUACUAUAAAAGUCCAUAAAAACCUUAGUUAGGUAUGUUUCAAAGUUAAAUUCAAUGCUAGAAGGUUAUGAAUAUGAUUGACAAAUUUUCGCAUGAAAUUGUUUCAAUGAGAAAUUGAAUUUUGAACUCUCUUAGUUUCACUUUAUGAAAUGACCACAGCAAAAAAAUUAUUGUACUUGAAACAUUAACUAGAUAAAUAUAGAUACUGGCUAUUAGUGGAAUCUAGGACACGCGUUUCAUCAGCUGGAUGUACCUGUAUCCCAGAGUGAACAUCAACUCUAAGAUGCAGGUGCAUGUAGCUUGUGAUUGAUUAAAAUUUCAAUAUGUAUAAAUCUUUUGGAUUGUUGCUAUUUAAAUAAUUAAUCAAUCGGAUCAAAAAUGGGAAGCUUUAUUGACAAAAGCUUACUGAAACUAAUGUGUGGUUUGUUUGGUUGAAAUUUUCAGCUCAUAAAGAGACAAAGCUAGGACCUAACUCACUUUUAAUAAAGUAGAGUGUAAUAUUGACUAUUGCCGGUGAACUAAAUGAUCAAGGGAACUAGUUGAAUGGAACAGGGUUAUAAUGAAGUGAAACAAUGCGGAUUUGUUUACUGACAGGUAGUGUUAUAUAAAAGAAUCAGUUAUUUCGUUUGUUCCAUAGUUAUAGUAUUUCUCCUAGAUAUUUUUGAGAAAUCACUUAUGAGUGAAUAACAGCUCAUCUACAUCAAAGAAAUACGACUAAACCACAAAAUAUUUAAAAAGCCGUAACAUAAACUUUUGAGAGAAAAGAAAGACUCUUCCGCUACCACAUCUAUGUAUUUGACAAUAAACAUAUAACAUCAGUAUACUAAGUUGGUACACAGUUACUGAGAACGGGUGUGAGCAUGAUGUAUUUGUAUUGAAGAAGUUAAAUAUCGGCUGUUUAUUCAGAUUACUGGUUAUAAAAAUAAGAAUAAUAUGCUAUAGUAAACUAUAUUCAUUGUAACUACAAUAGCAUUAUUAGACAAUCGAAAUCAGAGAUUUACAUCAUAUAAGAGAUUUGAAAUAUUAAUUACACUUCGUCUGAAAUUAUUAUUUUUUGCUGAAUCUUCGGUAUAAUAACUGGAGUGAGGAACAAAUAAACUAUUGAUGUAAAAUUUAACCAGAAUCGUCAUCAUCGCUGUUUCGGUCACCAUCGACUGAUUUAUUUGAAGUGACUAAUGAACAAACUUUGUUUCAUUUUAAUCAGUACGUGUAUCAACGAAUUGUGAAAUGGAGAAAAAUGAUUUAUUAUUUAUGAUUAUAAUUAUUCCCUAUCUAGUUCUUUUGAUUCAAGCCUAAUUUUCAAGUCAUUCUAUAAGGUGAUAAAAUCAUUUCAUCAAUGACUUCUAUUAUGAAUGAUGAAUUGUAAUAAAUAAGUGUAAAACAUGUUUCUCUUUCUCUCUAACAAGUGAUAAACUUGUUCAUCAACACAUUUGGUUCUAUUUCUGGGUAUAACUCAAGUUUGUAGUUAACAGUGCAUGAACAAGUGAAAUCAAGUCUUUCAAGAUGAAUAUAAAACUAAAAGAAUUGUAUUAAGAAAAAUAAGCAAUAAAAAACGAAUAUAAAUGAGUGAAUAAUCAUUGAAAGUUUUCUGGCAAACGUCAACGUUCAAAUUAGUAAUAAUCUUAGCUACAAAAUGAUAUCGGAAGUUGAUAGACAGUAUGUGUCAGCUGUACGCAUUGAUCACUUAUAUUUCUUAUUGGUCAGUCAUUAAAAUAUACAUUUAGCACAUUUUGUAAAGUAGCAAAGUUAAAUAAUUACAGAAAUUGAUACAAUCUCAAACGUUUGGAGUUAGAAUUUAGAUUUCGUUACACUUCAAGAUGACUAUGAUGUAUCUUGCGCAAAUUAUAUUGGUGACAAUGUUGCUUCUGAUAAACACAGAAUACAGUCUAUCAUUGAAGUGCUACACAUGCCGUUUCUGUUCAAUACCAUUUGAUCCAAACUCACCACUAGUUACUGAACAAUAUGGUUGUACAUGGUGUGCAAAAAUUAGGAUAGAAGGUAUACCCUUUCCACAUAGACUCUGUGCAGCUGAUUGUGGAUUUAAUUACUGGAAAAGAAAUUUUACUUCCUUUAGUUAUGACUGUUGCCAAACAGACUUAUGUAAUAAAAGCAUACAGACUCGGGUAACACAUAAAUUUCUACUUAGUCUUGUCUUAAUUUUUAUUUGUUAUAUUGUUAAUAAGAAAAACUGAAACAAUAUCAAAAUUCACUUAUUACUACAUACACACUUUGUUGUUUAUUUGCACUUUAACUUACCACUCAAAUGUAUUUCAUUUAACUUCAUGUUGUAAUAAUAAUCAUCUCUUUUUAAAAAAAAGUUAAUUUUGA